CGCGCUUCGCCCCGGCCCCGCCCAUGUCCCCUGGCCCUGCAUUUCCCUGGAGGUGAAUUUUCCUUCCUCCCAGCACCGUCACCUCCAUUCUCCUGCUACCUCGACCUGCCACUGCCUCCUCCGCCGCCGCUGUGCCCAAGGCUCCUCCCGCCUGCGCCAGCUGUCUCGCCGCGGCAGGUGCACCCCGGCUCCCGCUCGCUUCCCGAGACGCCCGCUGCCCGCGCGCGCAAGAGCCGGGCCGCAGAGUUGGGGAAACUUCUGCGGCACCGGGUCCGCAUUCGCAGGGCAGCAGGACUCGGGCCGGGAGCAGCCAGCGGGCUCCGCUCCCCGCGAUGGGCUGUGCCAGCAGUGCCCUCAACAAGGCCGGCGACAGCAGCAGGUUCCGCAGCGCAACUUCCAAGGAGUGUUUUCCAAAUACAGAAGGCAGCAAGGCCUGCUUUGCCCACCCCAAACCAAGGACACCGGGAAGAGAAGCCAAUCUUCAUGGCAGUGUUCAAAGGGACAGCCCUCCCCUGCCCCAGGAGCUCAAGGCCUCAGCGGCGCCCACAGCAAAUGGCAUGAAACCUCUUCAUGAGCAGCCCCUGGAGGCACUGGAGGGAGCCCGUGGGGAAGAUGCUAUGCGCCAGUCAGGAUCCACGGAGAUGACUCGGCCUCUGGAGAGAGCAGAGGGGAAGCAGACAGACGUGGAAGGAACGGCGGAGGCUCAGUCUUUGAAAGGUCAUGGUGAGACUGAACCCCUGGGACCUGAACCCAAGGGUCAGGCUUUGAGGACAGCAGGAGAGAGGGGCUCCCCUGGGGCACUGGAAGGCGCUGAGAGCCCGCAUGCUGCAGGUGAGAGGGACCCUCCAGGAAUGGCCGGCCACAGCACGCCUCUGCACACAGGUGCAGAGCUGCAGCCUCAAGAGGCAACGGGGAAGGAGGAACGGUCCCAGCUCCUAAAAGCCGCUCCCAAAGAGAAUGAAGCUCCAGAACAGGUGGCGAGAAGGCAGCUGAUGGAAACAGCUGACGAGCUGCAGCUUCAGGUGACACUGGGCAAAAGUGAGCCAUCCCAGCUUCCAGAAAUGGUUCCCAGAGAGACGGCGACGCCGAAAGUCGUGGACCUGAGUCAGCUUAUGGAGACACCUGUAAGGAGUGGUUCACUCCGUACAACUCCUGCAGGCCCAGGAAACCUGGAACAGGCGCAGCCUGAAGGAGUGGCUGGAGGCACAGAGCAUCCAGCAGGAAUGGCAGAAAUGGCGGAAAAUGAGCAAAUGGUCUGCACAGUGCCCACUCACAGGCAGCAGCGACACACUAAAGGUGAGACAGAAGAACAGAUGGAAACAGAGGUGGAGCAUAAGAAAGCAAGUGGAGGGGCUGAAACAAAUGAAGAAACAGGAGAAGCUGUGGAUCUUUCAGCAGCCACAUAGACAGGUGUGCUGCUACGAGGGUGAAUGGACACAGUGCACCACAACGGAGAGGACAGGAGGAUGGCAGUGAACUUGUGGUUACGAGUCUUAUCUUUCUCCAUCUGUGUGUUUUAUACAAGGAAUGUGCUUGUGUUUUUACAAAGACUAUUGCUUGAUUUCAUUGUUCCAUAAAACUGCCAAGCUAUAAACAGUUUUUUCUCUUAGCUACCUUGCAUAGUUACACAUUUAGAGCUGUAAGUCAGAGCUAAUAUAGUAGAGAAGAACCCUGUGGCAAUGGAACCAGUGGAUGGAAGCUUUCUGUAUCUCCAUCUCUCUCUCUUUAACUUUGCCUUUCAAAUAAAUAAAUCUUAAAAAAAAAAAAAAAAGAAUAGAGCGUACAGAAAAAGAGUCUCUCAUUAUUGUGACUUGAUCUUUGGUAUGUUUCUGACUUGAAAGCAUGGAGGUAGACAGCAAUGGGAACGCCCUGAGUACCGGACAUCAUCCCUACUGUGCAAAGUGAAGAAGCUGGAUUGUGAAGCAAGGACUGUUUUAUAUAUCUUU